UGUAACUCUCCUUCACCCUCCAGGUCCUGUUCAGGGCGCAAAGUCAUGGGCGCAGGUGAACCCGAUGGCGGCCCAGCCCUCCAGAAGGGAAUCUGGGUCGCGGUGGCCCUUGCGGCCCUGAUUGUCAUUCUCAGGGUCUUCGCUAAAGUGAAGAUCGGCCAAUUCCGCGUGGAUGACAUUUUGAUGAUCCUUGCUAUGGUUCUGGCUAUCGUAGCAACAGUGUUUUUGACCUUGUCAGUUAACCAUGGUUUUGGCAAGAACUUGGAGACCCUGCCGUUGAAGGACACGGAAGCCGUGUUGAAAAGCAUCGCUAUCGAGAUUCCUAUUGUUACUAUGAGCACUACAAUUGCCCGCUGCUCCUUUAUCAUAUACCUUCUCGCUAUUCUCGGUUCCAACAAAACGUACAAAUUCGCAUUAUGGUUUAUUAUGAUCUGGCAGCUCUCCGGCAACAUCGUCUCCGCUGUCCUCCCUCUCAGCAUCUGUCGCAAUGUCAAUAUCCUUUGGGAUCCGACCGUGAAGACGACGUGUGGCGAUAGUAACGCAGUCAUCAAGUUUGCCUACUACUCCAACACCGUCAACUCAGCCACCGACCUGUUUCUGGCCGUGUUCCCAAUUCCUGUCUUCUGGAAUCUCAACUUGAAAACCCGCGUCAAACUCGGCUUAAUCCUUCUGCUCAGUCUGGGUCUUGUAGCCAUGGUAGCAUCUAUCGUGAAAACAACGAAACUAAACCAACUGCCGAGCAUCACAAACCUCGGUGCCUCCGGCGGCAUUGAGCUCAUCCGCUGGGGCUACGUGGAAAACGCCGUUAUCAUCAUCACCUCGUCGAUCCCUUGCAUCCGGCCGCUGGUCAUGUCAUCCGUCAAGAAAUUCUCCAGUCACAGCUUCUCUCGUUCAUAUGAACUGCGCAGUCCCUUCACUGGGAAUCGUCGCACAGGUGAGAAUAAUACCGCUCAGUCGCGCCGUAAAUUAGCGACGAAUAACGAUGCCGAAACUUGUAGUAUUGAGCGUAUUCUGAACCCUUCUUCGCACAACACGGUCAUCGGUAGCCAUCAGACUUCGUCAAAUCGGUCGGAUCGAGGGAUUACGAAACAGGUUGAGAUGUCGGUUUAUUCGAGUGAUGAUCCUACGAGGAGUGUUUGA